AUGAAAAGGGGAAAUCUAACAGUUAUCAGUGAAUUUGUCCUUCUGGGACUUUCCAGCUCUGCAGAGAAGCAACACUUCCUGUCUAUACUCUUCCUCUGUAUGUACUUAGUCAUGGUGUUGGGGAACAAGCUCAUCAUCUUGGGCAUUGGUUCUGACUCUUACAUCCAUUCUCCCAUGUAUUUCUUUCUUAGCAACUUGGCCUUUGUUGACAUCUGUUUUACUUCCACUACAGUCCCACGAAUGGUUGUGAACAUUUUGACCAGUACACAGACUAUCUCCUUUGCAGGCUGCCUCACUCAGCUUUUUUUCUUCAUUUCUUUUGUGAAUAUGGACAGCCUCCUUCUCUGUGUGAUGGCAUAUGAUAGGUAUGUGGCAAUAUGCCACCCUUUAUAUUAUACAGCAUUAAUGAAUCUUUGCCUUUGUGUCCAGUUGGUGGCUGGACUCUGGGUAGUUACCUAUCUUCAUGCCCUCCUACACACUGUCCUAAUGGCACAUCUUUCUUUUUGUGCUUCCAACAUCAUCCAUCAUUUCUUCUGUGAUCUCAACCCCCUCCUAAAGCUUUCUUGUUCUGAUGUCUCCAUCAAUGUAAUGGCCAUUUUUAUAGUGGGAGGUCUAUUGGCUCUCACCCCCCUUAUCUGUAUCCUCAUUUAUUAUGGGUUUAUCUUCUCCACUAUUCUAAAGAUAACAUCAACUGAUGGGAAUCAGAGAGCCUUUUCUACCUGUGGCUGUCACCUGUCAGUGGUGGUGUUGUUCUAUGGCACCUCCAGUGCUGUUUAUUUCACCCCUUCCUCCUCUCACACCCCUCAGAGAGACCCUCUGUCAGCUAUCAUGUAUACCUUGGUGACUCCGAUGCUGAAUCCUUUCAUUUAUAGUCUAAGGAACAAAGAUAUGAAGAAAGCACUUCAGAAAACAUUGUGUAAGGGCAGAAAUUUUAUCCAAAGACAUGAUCUCAUUGGUUGA